GCUCAAGUUAUGUGAGGUACGAAAUAAAUCUCCUAACUUUUUACUGACUAGUGAAUGAGCAGGGGUUUAGCUAGUUUGUGCCGUUCUUCGGGAGACAAAUUAGAGUGCUACAAAUUUUCCCACUCAGCUUUUCCCCUGCUACAGUGUGCUACUCUUCCAUUUCCCAUCUACAGUAACUGCUCAACUCUUCAGAAAAUUAGGUCCAAGUUUCCACUAUCUCUUCAACUUCAAGCUUUGUGAUACCAAUUCAUGGCUAUUCAUUCUUCUGCCUUUUGCUUCAGUGGAAUAUUCUCUUCAGAAAUUAACUUAAUUUGUGUGUAAUUAAGUCCACUGUUAGAGUGUGUUUCGUACGGAGGAUAACAUUUUUCAGAAAAUACUUUUUAAUUUUUUCAUGUAUUUUCUUCCGGAAAACAAGUUAAACAUGAGUAGAAUGACUUCCUGAUCGAAGUAGACAAAACUGUUGGGUGUACGAAUAAAGUAAUAGCUGAAAAGAAAAAAUAGCUACUUAUAAAAUGUUAAAUUGUUAAUGGUGUGAGGCCUUUAGAAAAACCACGUGGGCUAAGUCCAAAGUGAAUAAUAUCAGUUUAGUCCAACAAAAACAAGCGACCCACCACCCUUUGACCAUCUAUGGUGCCCGUGACUUGCAAGUCGGAGUUUUAUCAUAAGAGCAUCUAGUUGAUGAGUAAUUGAAAGUUCACUGGAAGUUCGAUAUUAAUAUGUAGGCAUAUAGAAUUAUCAGAUAUGAAACAGGAUAAUGAACAGGUAAAAUUGGGGGAAAAGAAAAAUGAUGGAGUUGUAGUUAAUGAAAUAGCAGGAAAACGGCAAACUUGUUACGGAGUGGUGGGCGGAAAAAAAAAAAAGAAGUAAAAUGGUUUGUGUUAUAACUUUGAAUUUUGCAAGGUGUUGUUAGAUCAUAAGCCGUAAGCGAAAAUACAUGUGGAUCAUAACGGGUAGAAAUGACUUUUAUGUUGACUUCUUCAUGCUUACCAUUCUCAUUUACAGUCAUGAUCUAUAAUAUUUGAACUCUCUUUUGACUGUUUUUGAUGUGCAUAUGUCAUAGAAAAGUUCCGGGUGUGAUUGUUUCGAUUAUCUAUUAAAUCUUGUCGAUUCUAUGUGUAUUUAUACUUACUUAUUUGACCGUAUUUAUUUAAGGAAGAGCAUUGCCAAAUGAUAAUGGGCCAUUACAGGAUGAAUCUGCCCUUGUUGUGUUGUGUGCUUUGAAGAAAUGCUCGUUGAUUUUAUUCCCACCCCAAGUGGGAUAUCAUCGUCUGAAUAUCUCGUCUUUGUGGUCCGUCAACUUGCAUUGGGAGGCAAAAAUUUUUCGUUAUGGUUCCAUAGGUUUAAUUUCAGAACCAUGCAAAUCAGCUCAUAUUGUCCUAUGAUCUCAAUUUGAGGCUUCACUGCAUGGCCAUCUGCAGAAAGUGCUAGAAAAGGCAUGCUUAGCAUAUGGGGAACAGCUGAUAAGUUACCUGGGAUCACCAGAUAUGAUGAUGCUGAUGUUCAUAAGUUGUACCGCCCGAAUCUCUGGUUACUUCUCGGCACUGAAGGUCCAGAAGGUUGCCAAUAUUACGCCAAGGUGAGCUUCUAAUUUCUGGUAAAAUUCAUUCUUAAUUAUUAGUCUGCACUCUGCAUGCGUGUCAGUUUGUUCUUCCUUGUUGUAUGUUAACAUGAUUUUAAUGUUUCCUCUCUUCACAAGCUGUUGAUGUGUGUCAACAAAAGGUUCAGUAAUCAUGUAUCAGACUUGAAGAUUAUCACAGUGUAGUCCUUCCUGGUUGGUAUAACUGUGUAGCUUUUGAACCUUUUUUUUUUUUUUCUUUUUGCGAGACCAUAAAAUUUAUCCAAAUUCCAAAGCAUAUUGAUCAAUCACUAGUACACUUGGUUCUCAUUCCUUGAAUUAUUAUUGCCUUAGUCAAUACUCCGACAACAUUCAAUAUUAUUCACUAGAUUAAAACAGGGCUAUAAUGCCUAAUUCGGUUUUCUUUUGUCAACCAUAAUGAGGAUGCAAAUUAACGGCUAUUUCUUGGAAAGCCUGUUAGAGGUUAUUUGAGGCUUAUUUUUCUCCUUCUGCUUGACUAUUCAGAGUUUUUGAUAAAUAAUUUAUAUUUCAAAUUUUCAGCUUGUUUGACAACAUCAUGCUCAAAUAGGAUUAAACUACAUGGUAACAAUUGUAAGAACAUUAAGAAUUACGUGCAUCUUUGGGGCAAAUUUUUUUACUGAAGCACUGGUCACUGGUCAUGCCAGUAAUCACCUUCCUAAGAUUUCUAGUCAUCUGAAAUUGCAUGAAUCAUGAAAAACAGGAAUUAAGUGGACGAGUUAAGGUUUUAAAGGUGGAUUCUGUGGAUACAACUGGUGCUAGAGAUGCUUGUGUAGCUGGAAAUUGGAAUAUUGUCACAAUUAGUGCCCCAUUAUACUUUCUUUUCUUUUGUUUGUUGAGUAGUCACUUCCCUUAUUAACUCCUUCACCCUCUCUAUUAUCUCUUAAGUACCUGGCGUGUGAAAUGCUUCUUUCACCUGCUAGAUUCUGUUUCUUGUGUGCAUUAGAAUCUGCUUAUUCAGGACGUAGAAGAUUGAACGACAUAAGAUUAUUUGAGUGUAGAUGUGUAUAUUCUACUCUAAAAUUGAAACUUCUUAUAAUUAGGUAGGAAAAUAAUUAAUUUGCUUGUACGAUCUAGCGGUAGAAAACAGCUAAAAGAUUAAUAUUUGGCACAAUUAUCUUGCAAACUAAGUACUAAAGGGUGGACCACCAUACAAGCAAAUGAUUCAAUGGAACCCGUUUUGUCAGGCCAACUGUUUUUGGCACAAUUAUCUUGCAAACUAAGUACUAAAGGGUGGACCACCAUACAAGCAAAUGAUCAACCAGUUCGGCACAUAUCUGAUCAUAAUAUAUUGGCAAAGGCUUCAAAACUUAAGGCAAAAGUUGCUGGCACAAGAAAAAAACUAACCACGUCAAUUAGGUGCCAAUACGCUCAUUUGAAAGCAUAUGAAUAGGAAUAAUUGUGGAUUUUCAUCAUAUAGUUUAACUCUUGCAAUGAAUUUGGAGUGGUUUGCGCUGAUCUAGGAAUUGCUUCAUAUCCAUUAAAGAAAAUGUUAUACCAAGCCUGUAUUAAAAAACACAGUUCAAGUAUCAACUUUUUUUGAAUUUCCGAUGUGAGAGUUUCCUACCUAAACUAUUAACAACUAGUUUGCAAAACACACCUCAAAACUGAUAGUUGAGGUGUAUUUUGCAAGCUAGUUGGUGAUAGUUCAGGUACGAAAAGUGAAUAAGUGAUAGUUCAGUUUUUUUUGCAAACUAGCUCGUGAUAGUUUAGGUAGGAAACUCUAUCUGAUAGUUCAGGUAGGAAACUCAAAAAAAGGUGAUACUUGAGGUGUGUUUUUUUACCCUUAACCCAUUAUUAUAUGAUGUUUGGUGGAUUAAAUCUCGAUACAUUUAACAAUGAGAAGUUAUUGAGAUAGGAAAUGUUCAACAUGUCAUUUUAAAAGCAUGAGAGAGGAACAAUAGCGCUUGAGCGUUUGUUAUGAUAUGCGUUAAUUAUUUUUCCCUUUAUUGUUUGAUGCAACUAUGCUUAUUAAUCAAAUAUUGGAAACUUUUAACUAAUUUAGAUGCACAAAUUCAACUUGGCUUUCAUUUGGGGUUUAUCAUCUCUUUUUAUGAUUCAAGAUGACAGUAUAGCCUAUUUAAUACUACUAGUUAUGAUUUAUGAGUCUGAAUUAUUAUAGGAUGAAAACAGCUCCAGCACAAAAUGUUAUAAUAACUGACCACGUAUGGAUGCACAUUAUUCAUCACUUUGGUACAUUGUUGUAUUUGAAAGUAAUCCUAAUUCUUGGUUUCAGAUACAAUUUCUUUAAUUGGUCCCUCAAGUAUCUCAAUUAUGAAUUUGUUAUUUCCGUUAAUGAUCUUUGAUUAUGGAUGGCUAUCUCUCUCUCUCUCUAGACCCUUUUAGAGUUUCUCCACAAAAAGCCCAUGUCCUAAGGCUAAGGGUAUCCAUACUUUAUUAGAGAUCUACCCCUUUAUAACUCCAAAAUAAGUCAUUUUCUUGGAUCUAAGUGACUGAAAAUUAGAUUAAUCACAAAGAACAACAAACUUUGCCAUAUUCAUUAGAAAAGAUUUAUAAAUAAAAAACAAUAGUUAAAGAAUGGCUGAGGCUGAAGAUCCACAAGACAUUGCUGAUCGAGAACGAAUCUUCAAGCGUUUUGAUGCAAAUGGUGAUGGACAAAUCUCUGCAUCAGAACUUGGAGAGACCUUGCAGGCCCUGGGUUCUGUUACUCCUGAAGAAGUUAAGUAUAUGAUGGAUGAAAUUGACACUGAUAAAGAUGGUUUCAUUUCCUUUCAGGAAUUCACAGAUUUUGCUCGAGCCAACCGAGGCUUGAUUAGGGACGUUGCUAAAAUUUUCUAGUUUCCUCUUUGAAUAUCUCUCACCAUUUUGUUAUGGAUUUAAUUUAUAUUCACUGUCGAUUAGUGUAUUUUAACAUGUAGUAGGUAUUUGUCUUAUUUUCCUGA